UUAUUGUAUGUUAAGCUGAUAAAUGAGUCUAACAAAUUAAAUAUUGAUUGCCCAACCUUUCCUUGGGUAGAGAAACUUUACCCAACAAAUAGCGACAUGUUGUCUUGGCGUAACAUAAAGCCUAAAUCAUUUGUUGAUGCCAUGUCCAUGUUAUAUUUCAUGAUCAUGGUGCAUUCAGCUUACUUGUAUGGAGAAUUUGCAAUUGCUCCAUGGAUGAAAGAAACGUACUCAAUGGGAACGUUAAAAAAUAUCGUGUACCAGAUCUUUGCAUUGUUUUUGUACCUAAAUGUCAUGGGAAAUGUCUACAAAAUUAUAGAAACCAACACAUCAAGUGUGGGGAAAAUGCUGCCAACUCUUCUCAAGCCAGGAUGGACUUUUUGCUAUGCCUGUGAAGCUAAUUCACCACCAAGAUCAUUCCACUGUAUGACCUGCAAUAAAUGUAUUCUGAAGAGAGAUCAUCAUUGUAUGUUUACAAGUCAGUGUAUCGGCCACUCUAACUAUCGCUAUUAUUUCUGGCUGGUAUUCUAUGGAUGGUGUGGAACAAUGUUCUGUGCUAUAAUGACUGUCCCUUAUGUUUUGACUUUGCUUGAUGGAUUUUCAAUAUGGAAACUACCCUAUUUUAUUUUACCCUUGUUUUGUUUUAUGUUACAAUAUAUAUCAUUUUUUACAGCCAUCUCAUCAUUUAUAACAUUACUGUCGGUUGUUUUCUCAUGUGCAUUGAUAGCUUUGUUAUGCUGGCAUUGCAGUCAUAUUUAUAAAGGACAGACAACUUUUGAAAGUUCACAUCGUAUUUAUGACUAUGACCUUGGAUGGAAACAAAACAUAAUUGAGUCAUUUGGAACAAAAUGGUAUUUAACAUGGAUAUGUCCUUGGAUUAACUCCCCUUUGACGGGUGAUGGAAUAGAAUUUCAAACAAAGGCCAAUCAUCAACAUUCCAAAGAUCAAUGAAAUGUAUUUUUAAGAAUCAAAAUUUAAGAUUGCCUUUUUAAUUUUUUUAUAGAUAUAUUAUAAUGUUGAUGUACUUAAAAGUCACUUUUACAAAAUUGAAGAAAACCACUUAUAUGUUUUGCUUACAUGACUUAUGUGAAAAUGUAAUUAUAAUACUUUGCUGUUGUUCCAUUGUGAUGAUUCAUAAUUGCAGACUGAUUUCCAGAUAAAAUAAUUAUUGACUAGAUGCAAAACAUGUAGAUGUCAGAAUUUGAGUGUUUUAGUCCUUCGCAGGUUGUUUACACAGUUUAAUGUGUAUCCUAUUCUUGACUCAAUAUUUGAUCAUCUAAGUCAUCAUCAAGAUCUAUCUUUUGAUGGAUGAGUGCUGUAAUUUUGUUUUUUGUAUUUUUAUAAAGUUGCACAUUUUUUGUCAUAAUGGUAUUCAUAGAUGUCUAUCUCAGUCUUGUAUACAUGUAAGUUGUUAGACUGAUAACAUGUAAAUUGCUGCUGUUUUUUCAUAACUUUAGUAUUUUUUAACCAUAACUUAUAUCUAUAUCUACAUGUACAUGUAUUUAGAAAGUUUUCUUGCACAAACUGAAAUGGACCAAACAAGUGUUUUCAUUGGCUAUUUUUAAUAUUCAGCAUUUAUUUUUCCUCAGAUUAUGGAACUUUUUUUUUUAACAUUAUAACACAAAUGUAAGCAAUCAUGUAACGGUUCAGAUGUGUCCUAGUCUAUCUCUAUAUGCAGUGUUAAUGCUUCAUUUUUGCUGAAGUAUGUGACUGAUAUUCUAAACAAGGAUACUAUAAAUUAUGUUUUUACCAUUUAUAGCAAUAUUUAUUCCAGAUUAAAAUCCCUUAAAUUGUCUUACAAUAGUUAAUUUAAAUUAAUGGUUUAAAUAUGAAUGUUGAUUUUCUAUGGACAAGUAUUUAGUUACCGUCAAUACUGUCUAUACUAUUCUAUAGAAUGUUGUUCCAAUAAAAUGUGUAAAUUGUGCCAACUUGAACUGUCUUUUUUCAUGAACUUGAUUUAUAUACAUUAUCUUAUCCCAAUUGUUCUGUAUGUUUCCCUGUUUUGAUGACCUAUAUUGCUCAUAACCAUAUGAGCUAGAGCAAAAGGGAAUGACUUUUGCUGACUUAUUAUUUUUACAAGGCUGUUUUUGGUCCUAUUUUCCAUGUUUUUAAAACAAAAACGUGAAAUUACAACAACAACUGUUCUUUUCAUUGUUUUAAAAGAAGAUGUGGUAUAAAUGCUAAUGAGACAACUCUCUAUCCAAGUCAAAAUAUAAAAAAUGAUAACAAUUAUAGGUCAAAGUACAGCCCUUCAACAGGAAACCUUUUCUCACACAGAACAUCCACAGGCAAACAACCAAUAAUUGUUAAAUGUAUGGAUAUAGAGUCUUUUUAAAAAGCCUACACAAAUCAAAUCAUGGUCAUAAAUCAUCAGAAUGAAGUUAGUUUUCCCAAGCUUUAGCCUUUGAUGCAAAAUAUUCCUUUAAGCACAAAAGUUUCUAAUUUUUAUAUUGGUAUUAUGUUGUCAUCAACAUCGUCUGAAGACAGUUGGUUUCCGGAUAAAAAAAAAUUGUAUAGGUAAAUAGAAAUCUAUGUUAUUUAAACACAAGGUUUAUAACCACAAAAAAAGGGUUGGGAUUGAGAUUGGCCACAACAGUUUAGGAAUAAGGGGCAAAAAAAGAGCCCCAAAUAAGAAUUUUUAUAGUUUCCAGACAAUAACUUUUGUUUUAGUGUUUGAAUCUCUCUGAAAUUAUAACACAAGUUUCUAUACUACAAAGGGUUGGUUAGAAUUGAAUUUUGGGGUUAUGACUCGAACCAAUUAGGAUUAGGGGCAAAAAAGGAGAAAAUAAGGGUUUCCUGGUUAAUGGACAAUUAAGAUAAUUUAAAAGCAGUGAAAGGGAGGCAAUCCAAACCCAUUUAAAGAACAAUGAUAUCUAUGUUUGAUUCCCUCCCUUACACUGCUUUUAAAUCGUCUUACUUGUCCAUUAACCCUUGUAAAUUAUGUAUUGUGAAAUUUUGUAUUGUCUUGAGGUGAUUAGCUGUUAAUAUAUUUUUAGAAGUUACUAUUUAUUAAUAUUAAUUUUAGCCUUUAGUCAUGAAUAUGUAUGUCAUUUUCUAUUUUAAGACAUUUAUGAUGUAUUUAAACCUUAUGAUUAUGUCCUUUUCUUGAGAGAAAUAAUUAUUUUUCAGGAAUAAUAGAAAGGGGGGGGGGGG